AUGUCUGUUAUAGAUAUAAAAACACCGACUUUUAUAUUAGAAAUAAGUACGUUAAUACUUGAUUUAUUGAAAUCAAUGAAAAUUGAUUAUUUAAAUGCCUUUUUAAGUCCAUUUAUAGAUGAAAAUAGUUAUAAUUUUAAGUGGUUAAUGAUUUUUCUUCACAAUAUUGAUGCUUUUACGUUAUUAAGAAUUUACAAUUCUAUGAUUGAUAAACAAAAAGAACUUGGAAUUGUGGAUUCAUGGAUUUAUAGUGAUAAAGCAUUUUUACUUUUAAAGAAACUAGAAGAGUACCGUGAUAGUAUUUUAGAGGUGACUGACACAAUUUCAGCUACACUCAAUUUAAAUUCUGAUUAUGUUUUUGAGAUAAAUGAAAUACCAACAAAUGAGACUAUUCUAUUUGAUAUAAAUUACGUUAUUAAGAUACCUAAAGUAAAAAGUUUGCUUAAGUUAAUUAACAAAUUUAAAGAAGAUAAAUUAAAAAUAAUUGUUCAGAACACUUCCAUCAAAAUAAUGAUUGUCCAAUUUCUUUCUUAUUAUAAAUAUGAACAUUAUGAAAUAUUUACUCAUAAAGAUUUUAAGAAUAAAACAGAAGGACAAAAAGAUGAAGUUUUGAUAUUUUUUAAUUAUAAUUUAGGAUCUUUAAGACACACAGAAUUUAUUUAUCCUGAGGGUGUUAAAAUUUUUAUAUUAAACUAUAGAGAAUCAGUUGAAGAAGAAAUUUAUUUAAAAAGUAUAUCUAGAGAAGACGAUUUGUUUGAAAAAAUGAUUGAAGAUAGGGGUAAGAUGAGUUUAGUAACUGAAUUUUAUACUAAUACAAAUCUUAAUAUAGAGGAAGAUGUAUCUAUAGAUAUUAUGAUUGAUAGUAGAGAAAUGAGAUCUAAACUUCCUUUUUCUCUGUAUAGAACAAAAUCUUUUAAUUUGGAAAUAAAAGUUUUAAAAACUGGUGAUUAUAUUUUAAAAGAUAAUUUUGUGAUGAUAGAAAGAAAGACUUUACAAGAUUUUAAAGGUUCAUUAAAAUCAGGUAGACUUUAUUCACAGGCAACAAGAUAUUUUUCAUAUCUUUUAAUUGAAUUUGAAGAUCAAACAUUUCCAUCCAUUUUAAAUCCAUUUUAUAUCAAACUAUUGUGUAUAUUUAUUAAUCACUUUGAUACAACAAGAAUACUUUGGAGUAAUAAUAGUAAAUAUACGUGUGAACUUUUCUAUAAAGUUUAUAAACUAAAGCCACUUGCUUUUGAAGAAGAGUAUGAUAGUGUAUUAUUUAAUUUACUAUUAGAUAUACCAGGAGUUAAUAUUGAAUGUGCCAAAAAGAUAAUGAGAGAAUUUGUAUCAAUAAGAGAAUUAGCAGAAGCACCAAUAGAUCAACUGUCUAAGAUAAUAGAAGAGCCUAGAGCAAGACAAAUAUUUUGUUUCUUUAGAGAAAAAUUAUAA